AUGGUCGAGCACAGUUCAGGGUCGUUGGUGUUGCGGCACGCAAAAAGCCACUCUGUCCCCUCUGUCCUGUCUGUCCUGUUUGUCCUGUUUGUCCCCUCUGUCCUCUCUGUCCCCUCUGUCCCCUCUGUCCUCUCUGUCCCCUCUGUCCUCUCUGUCCCCUCUGUCCUCUCUGUCCCCUCUGUCCUCUCUGUCCCCUCUGUCCUCUCUGUCCUCUCUGUCCUCUCUGUCCCCUCUGUCCUCUCUGUCCUCUCUGUCCUCUCUGUCCUCUCUGUCCUCUCUGUCCUCUCUGUCCUCUCUGUCCUCUCUGUCCUCUCUGUCCUCUCUGUCCUCUCUGUCCUCUCUGUCCUGUCUGUCCUCUCUGUCCUCUCUGUCCUCUCUGUCCUCUCUGUCCUCUCUGUCCUGUCUGUCCUGUCUGUCCCUACAUAA